CUCUCGUCUUCCCCUCCAUCCCCCCCACUCCCACCCCACACCUGUAUUUCUCUGCCAUUCAUCCAAACUCUUUUUUCCUUCCUUCUCCACGGAAAUCAAAAUUCCUUGGGUUUUCUUGCCCCUGGAUUCUUGAUUUCUUGUUCUUCUUCAAUAAGACGUUUUCUUGGAGGGUUUUCGAAGAUCCCUCCUGAAUUUCCAUACCUAUAUAUACAAGUUUCUUUUGUAUAUAUAGAUAUGGCGAUGAAGGCGGUGUCUCCCCGGCAAUCUAUAAACAAGGUGUUUGAAAGAGUUGGGGUGUAUGGAUUGGUUGGUGGGAACAGCCAGAAAAGAUGCAAAUAUGCCAGUGAUGAUGAAGGCGAAGAUGGGAACUUGGAGUUGGAGCAGAUUGGCGCUGAGAGAACGAAAAAUGUGCUGAUUCUGAUGAGCGAUACCGGCGGCGGCCACCGGGCGUCCGCUGAGGCGAUCAGGGAUGCCUUCCAGCUCGAGUAUGGGGACGAAUAUAGGAUUUUUGUGAAAGAUGUCUGGAAGGAGUACACAGGGUGGCCGUUGAACGAUAUGGAGGGGCAGUACAAGUUCAUGGUUAAACACGUUCAGCUCUGGAAAUUUGCGUUUCAUGGCACGUCUCCUAGAUGGAUCCACUCCGUCUAUCUUGCCGCCAUUGCAGCGUUUUACGCCAAGGAGGUUGAGGCAGGACUAAUGGAGUACAAGCCCGAUAUAAUCAUCAGCGUCCAUCCACUUAUGCAGCAUAUUCCCUUGUGGGUGCUGAAAUGGCAAGGCCUGCAUAAGAAAGUCAUUUUCGCUACCGUCAUCACAGACCUCAAUACUUGCCACCGCACAUGGUUUCAUCCGUCGGUAAAUCGUCUGUACUGUCCCUCGGAGGGGGUUGCAAAGAGGGCUUUGCUUGAUGGCCUUGAAGAAUCUCAAAUUCGCGUCUUCGGAUUGCCCAUCCGCCCUUCUUUCUGUCGUGCAGUUCUGUCAAAGGACGAUUUGAGGGUGGAACUUGAGAUGGACGCUCAAUUGCCUGCCGUUCUGCUAAUGGGAGGUGGAGAGGGAAUGGGGCCCGUAAAGAAAACAGCUAAGGCUCUGGGAGAGUCUCUGUACGAUCAAGAACUCAAGAAGCCAAUAGGGCAACUCGUCGUCAUCUGUGGCCGCAAUGAAGCAUUAGCUGAAACACUAAGAUCCCUUGAGUGGAAAAUCCCAGUCAAGAUUAGAGGAUUCGAGAAGCAGAUGGAGAAAUGGAUGGGUGCUUGCGACUGCAUCAUUACUAAAGCUGGUCCCGGGACAAUUGCCGAGGCACUGAUAAGGGGCCUUCCGAUUAUUCUCAACGAUUACAUUCCUGGACAAGAAAAAGGGAACGUCCCAUACGUAGUUGACAGUGGGGCAGGCGUUUUCACCAGAAGCCCCAAGGAAACGGCAAAGAUCGUGGCCGAAUGGUUCAGCACAAAGACGGAUGACCUCAAGAGAAUGUCGGAAAACGCACUCAAACUCGCGCAACCGGAUGCAGUUUUCGACAUCGUGAAGGACAUUCACGAGCUCGCUUGUCAACGGGGACCUUUAUCAAACAUUCCCUACAUGCUGACUUCAUCAUUCUCCAGCUUAAUAUACUAGAAGAUGUUGUCGUUCGUUGCCCCGACAUCAUCUUGACUAGGCCCUUAG